GGGGAGUUGAUGCUUUUCCAUCUGAUGUGUCGGUCAUGAGGGGAAGAGAAUAGGUCACAGGCAAGGUCGCUCUACUGUCUCCUUCCUUUGGUCGUGUUGUGUCACAGUAAUGAGACCAUUGUACCGCGGGGAGUAUUGAAAGCGAGGGAGGGAGGAGGAGGAGGAGGAGGAGGAGGUUAAAGAGGUGGAGGGGCAAAUGCCACGUUGCAAGCUGUCACUUUCUUUGCGGUGUGUCGACAAGUGACCUUGGGGCAGGCCGGGCCGGGCCGGGCCGCGCGCCGCCCCCGUGCCGCUACUUUCUAUCUGGAGGACAAAUCUUGCAAGGGAGUCAGGAGGGAAGGGACUUACGCCACCCUGGGCCGGCCGGAAGCGGACUCUCACGCGCGAAGCAACAUGGUCCACGACACCCGCGGACUCUUAAUCGCGGAGACAGCAAGAGAGAUAACACGGCGGGAAAAGUAGAGUAAAAGUAGGCCAUUGUUUAGUGGUUGUUGCGGGGAAGGGGCGUGAGAGCUCCUGGAUGGUGUCACUGCCUUGUGGGAAGCACGUGUCUUCUGGCUCUGAAAGGAAGGGCCGCCCGUACUCCCGCCGCGCCCUUGGCUCCCUCCGGCAGGAAGUAGAGCAGAUCGCGACAGUCUCCCAGGCAGGCACGAAGGCGACGCCCCGCUUCCACGUUUCGUCGACACGCGCGCGAAGGUUGUCGCCGAAGAAGCGGUGGCGCUGCUGCCGAAAAAGCGGUGCAGUACGUUUUGUGACGUAAGGCGAGGCGCUGGUGGGGCAGGGAAAGGGGGAGAUGAAGAGAGGGGCGGCGCGGGUGUUCACUGUCACAAGUGAAAGUGUUUUGGCCCCGCUGGUUCGCCGUCCCUCUAUUGUCUAAAGACACAGUGGGAUCGUUUACUGACGCUGAUCCAAUUCUUUUACCGCCGUCAUGUUCUCGUGGGAGCAGCGAGGUUGACCAAGGUUUUCACAUCUCGUGCAGCAACGCUCAGGACGCAACACGAGACCCGAAAAUAUUACGUAACGUAUUUGGGAAGCUGACAACCCGACGGCGGCGGUGGGUGGCGGGAGGGGCGGCGAGGUGGCUCCCGCAGAGGCCGCUCAGCUCCCGACCAGCGAGGGAGUCUGGACCUGCUGUAGCCUCGCCGCGCUGACGUCACGCGACACUCAACGGUGGCAACGGACAGGCGUGAGAGGCUCAGCUGGUGGUGGAGGCGCCACGCGGGAACACUUCCAGAAGCUCCACUCGACACGCAUCUUUGGAAGGCGAAGGAUCAUAGUGUGCUGGACUCUGGCAUUGCUCCGUGUGGCUGUGGCUGGAUCUUAUAGACGCUUCCAGAGGCUCCACUAUACACAAACGCACCUUUCUGGAAGGAGGAUCGCGUUUGCAUCGGAGUUAAAGGACUAACGUUAUUUCCUGUGUCUUUGGUGAAUCAUACAAAGACGACACUGCUAAUCUACGGGAUAUGGGCGUGGUAGGGUGACGCCCACGCCGGACACCCCGCCCGCCGCCCCUGGAGAGCGAUGCCCCACAGGCCCGCCACACACACGUCCUGAGCUGCUCCUCCUCGCCGCACCAUGGAUCGCCGCGUGCUGCCGCUCCUCAUCGCCCUCAGCGGCCUGUCGUACCCGUCGGCGGAGCCACAGCAGAAGUUCCCAGAGGAUUUCUACAGCGGGGGAGACGCGGACUACGACCUCCUCAACCAAGGGCAUUCCUCGGGCUCAUUCAGUCUCAGCAACUUCGGCGGACCUACCUCGGCGAACCUCGAAACCUCCCCCGUCCACGGCUCCUCCGCGUCCGUGCAGAGUAAUGUGGACUUGCGACUCGUGUACAACAGCAUCAUGAACCCCACACGCACACCCCACGGCGCCAGACAGCACUCAGCAUUCCCGCAGAAGUGCUGGUACAAGAGCAACCAAUAUGACUGCGGCUUCUCCGUCUCCUGCGUGUUCCAGGGUUCGAAGCCCCUUAACCUGUGUUCUGGGGGCAUGAUCUGGUCGUGCUGUGUCCCCAGAAACAAGGUCGACGUUGUGGACCUGAGUGUCGGCGCUAUCGGAAAUGACGUCAGUCACCAGCCGGGCUUUGGAGACACCUCGCUGCCCCCCGCCAACACCUUCACGCAAAUCGGCGGCCACAGACCCUUUGACAGACCCUCCUCCUCCUCCCCCUCCUCUCACUUCAACCACGACGACGAUGACUUUUUCUCCAUCACACAAAGACCGUCCUCGAUUCUCAGACCUCUCAGACCACAGAACAGGCCGUCCUUCAGGCCCCCAGACCGGCGGCCGCCCUUCCGAAGACCCGAGAGCUCCAGACCCGCUCCUUCCAACUUUGACGGUAAUAUCAACCACUUUAGCCGACCCUCCAAUACCUUUCUCGGUCGCCCAGGCCAAUUCGACUCUUUCAAACCCCGACCGCAUGACUUUUCCCGGCCAGGAUUAAGCAGACCCACAACGUUCCAAUCCUUGGGUCCUCCUACUGGUGCAGAAGUCAAUCCCUCUGGCUGCGGGGAAACAUACUCGCGGACCAACAGAAUCGUGGGCGGUAGUGACACGGCGUUCGGCACUCAUCCCUGGCAGGUCGCGAUCAUCAAGGAGUCGUUUUUGAGCAGGAGGAUAGCGUGCGGCGGGGCCAUCCUCAACGAGUGGUGGGUUGUGACCGCCGCCCACUGCGUCUACUCGACGCCGAGCAGCAGCAUGAAGGUCCGUCUCGGGGAAUGGAACGUGAGGAAGCAGAACGAGAGGCUCCCCCACGAGGACUACGAGGUGGACCGCAAGGAAGUGCACCCGGACUACAAGGCGGCGGACUUCCAGAACGACGUGGCGCUGGUCAAGGUGAAGCGCAAGAUCGUCUUCAAGGAGCACAUCAUCCCCGUGUGUCUGCCCAACCAAGAUGAGUCCUUCGUCGGCGACUACGGCACCGUCACGGGCUGGGGGCGUUUGAACCAUGGCGUGUCUUCCACCCCAGAGAUCCUGCAGGAGGUCGACGUGGAGGUCCUUCGCAACGACGUGUGUCAAUCGUGGUUCAAGGAGGCGGGGCGGCGGGAGACGAUCUACGACGUGUUCCUCUGCGCCGGGUACAAGGAUGGAGGGAAGGACAGCUGCCAGGGGGACUCCGGUAGCCCGCUCACGCUUCAGCACAAUGGGCGGCGGCACCUCAUCGGCCUGGUCAGCUGGGGCAUCGGGUGUGCGCGCCAGCAUCUCCCCGGCGUCUACACCAACAUCGCUCGGUUCUCCAGCUGGAUUUCUAGGAUCAUCCAGGCGUAACUUAUUUUGAUUCCUUAUCCAUUUUCUAUUAAUUUGUGGUACAUAUAUUAUUCUUCUGCUUCAUUUUGUUUUGUUGUUUUUUGUAUUUUUUCUAUAUCGUAUUUUCUUUAUCGUUCUUAAUGUAGGAUAAUACAGAUGUAAUUUAUUUGAAUUUUCUAUAUUUCUCAACUUUUUUGGUUUGUUAAUUUUCUGGUUCACUUUUUCCUUUUUUUUACGUCUCUGUGUUGUAUUUUCCUAGUUGUUCUUAAUCUACUAUAGUCCAGAUGUAACUUUUUUCAAUUAUCAAGUUUUCGAUCUUUUAUACAAAUAUUAAUCUUGUUUCCUGUUUUUUUUUCUCUUUUUCUUAUUGUUGUUUUUCUUUUUCCAUUCAUUAUACAUAUUUUUUUCAUUCAUACCUGAUCUCUUCGAUAAUUCAGAUAUGUAACGUGGCUUCCAUCAUCCUUCGUUUUUACUUCUUUUCUUCUCAUUUGGGUUGGCUACUGAUCUCAAGUUUCGCAUGGCAUAAUUCAGACAUCACUAAUACUUCGAUUAUAUACUCUUCUUUUCCCUACUGGGUUUGUUAAAUAAUGCAGAUGUAACUCUCUAACCAAUCACAGCUUUCUCGGGACAGAGGUAGUGUAUUUUUCAUUUCCCUCUGCCCUUUUGUUUCUUCUAAAAAUCAUUGAUACAUAACUUGAUCAUUUUCUGUGUUUCCUCUUUUGCUUUUUGGGGGGAUACACUGGUGGUUCUCCUCCCUUCCAUCUUUUCUUUUAUUUGUAUUCAGAAUAAGUUUUGUCAUGUUAAUAUCCCAUUCUCCUUCAUCUCUCUCCCACUCAUUCUUUUUUGUGUGUGUUGACUUAUAAUUCACCUUUUUUUGUAUGUGUUUAGUCACCGCAUCCUCACCUGUAUUUAUAUUAUCAAUUUAUUUUUAUAUAUACACUCUAGUUUAUGUUCUGUGUAUACGUACAUCUGAUAUGUUUAUUAUUGCUUAUUAUUUGUUGUUUGUUUAUGAUAGAUUUCACCUUACAUUCAUUUCUUGAGUGUGUUUAUUUUCUCCACUGGUUAUUAUUAUUUAUGUUAAUGGGACAAGAACUGAGAGAAAGAGGGAGCAAAAAACAACCUUAGGAAUGACUGCGUGUGUGUGUCUGUGUGUGUUUGUGUGUGUGUGUGUGUGUGUGUGUGUGUGUGUGUGUGUGUGUGUGUGUGUGUGUGUGUGUGUGUGUGUGUGUGUGCUGCCCUCUUUAAAAGUAUAGUUCCUGUGAUUAGUGAGUCCCCCAAAAAACUCACCCAUGUCCCCCAUUUCUCUAUCACCAUCCCCACGUGUCCCCAUUUCCAGUGUAUUUCCAUCCCAUGUCCAUUUUACCUCCCUUCGUUACCAUGCCAGCUUACCCAUUCCUUAUUAUUAUUACUAUUUUUAUUCCCUUUCAGUAAUUAUCUUUUCCUUUUCUAGUGUCCUAUGUAUGUUAUUUUUGGUGUCUGUGUCUCUAUUUUCCUGUAUAUCUGUAUGUCCUACCAUGCUGUAUUUUCAUCUGUAUAUCUGUCUUUCAAUUUACGGUUACACUUAUUAGAAUGCGUUCUGAUUUUACAGUAGAUUUACAUUUCUUUACGUGUCUUUGUGUCCGUCCGUAUCUAUAGUUCCAGUGUAUAUAUGUAUGUGUCCCUGUGUCCGAUGACCCCAUGGCCCCGUGUCCCCAUGCAAGACUCAUUCCCCUAAACCUCAUGUAUUACAAAGAAACCCAAGAACAAGGUCACAUUCCACACAGUAUUAGGUUAGCGGUAUGCAUGACUUCCCCUUUUUUCUCCUCCCUCUCCCAUUUUUUGUGAACCCGACCAACGUGCAAUGGCCCGAUACUCAGACACUUUGGCGCUCACUACAACUAUUUCCAAAGGCCACGAAGGAGAUUAAUUGGGUGCUCAUGAGUGUUUUUUUUUCACAUACAUAGUGUUGAGGCCUUGUCAUAUAGCUACCCUUGGAAAUACCCACAACAACCUCUACGAAAGCCUUAUCAACUAUUAUCUAAGCCCACAAAGUAAACAAAUCGGGUUCUCACGAGUAGUUUUUGACAUUCAUGGUGCAGAAGGAUUGUCAUAAAACUACCCUUGGACAUACCCACAACCUCUACUAAAGCCUUAUCAACUAUUUCCAAUGCCCGCAAAAGAGAGACAUCGGGCUCUCAUGAGUAGUUUUUGACGUUAAUGGUGCAGAAGCCUUGUCAAACCAUCCCUAGGCUCAUGAAACUACCCAUGCAAUUACCCAGAAUAACCUCUAGGAAUGGGUUAACAAAUGUGAGUGUGUGAGCCCCGGAAUGUUUGAGGAUAUGGGCCAAGUUCGGGUGAUCUUGGCCGGCCGUGAGUGUGACAGGUGAGGCUCCGGACAGGUGUGUCGUGCCAGGAGCUGGUCCUCCGUCAGGUGUAUAUAGCCCCGUGUUUUCUCCGCCCCUUCACCGACCCCCCCGCCCCUUCAGUAAUCCCUUUUCUCGUACCCUCUCUCUUGCUCUUCAUAAGUCUUACAUCCUUUUUCCUUCCUAGAUCUAAAUACAAUCCUUUCUUUACUCAGUCCCUUUUCUUAACUCUUUUCCUCCUUCUUCCGUCCCUUCCUGCUCCUCCUUGUCUCCUUCCCUCCUCUCUCCCAUCUGAACCACUUUCUUCCUUCACCCAUUUAUUUCUCAACCCCUUUUAGUUUUGUUCUCUAUUCACUCCCCUAUCCUCCCCCCUUCUGCCUCCUUCAUUCCUCAAACUCCUUUCUUCUUUCUUUCCUUUUCACUCCCCCCUUCUCCCAUUCACCCUUCUCCCCCCACCCCAUUCAUUCCUCAAACCCCUUUACUCUUUUUUUUCAACCCCUUUCACCUCCUAACUCCUCCCCUUCCUUCAGUCCUCAAAUCCCUUUACUCUGUUCUUCCCCUCUUUACUCCUCUCUUCUCCCCCCCUUCCCCCCCUCCCCCCCCCCUCCCCCUGCGCGACCCUCACCCCUUUGUACAUAUUCUCAUUACCUCUAAAAAAAUGUGUUUAGUGUAUAAUGAUUUAAACGUUGUUACUGUGGAUUCCUUUUUUGUUUAUAUUUUUGUUUGUCCUCAUAUUUUUUUUACUCUUUUUUUUUUCCUAUUAUUGUAUGUAGAUUUUCUUUGUGUGUGUGUGUGUGUGCGCGUCAUUAAAUGUAUGUUAUUUUUA